UUUGGUCUUCCUUUCUCCCCUUACCUUUCUCCAUAUACAGGUGAUAUACGAUAUUUACAGAAAGAAAGAGUGCAUAUUUUAGAACAAUUAGAAGAAUGCCCGUCCAGUGGUGAUGAGUUAGUGAGUCCAAAGAAACGUAUCAAAUACAAUUUAGAUGCUCACCACGGCAGUGACCCAUCUGAUCAUCAUCAUCCCCAUUAUUCUUCUUCUGCUGCUGCUACUGCAACCGUUGCCGCUGCUGCUCCAUCGAACCUGGCAAACGACGCAGCUACUGGAACGUGUGAUCCAACGGCGGCGUCCUCCGGCGGAACUGUUGGCGGUGUAAGCGGACAUCAUCACUACGGCAGUAGCAACAGUAGCAACCAUUACAACAGCCAUCAUCACCACCACCAUCAUAACAGUAGUGAGAAUAGUGUGCAGUCUGGUUUCUCCUCGUCAUCUGCGGUCUCGCAUCACAGAAAAUGCGUCGAGGUACGACGGCUCUCGGACUGCAACUUGCAGCAAUCAAAAUCAUUAUCAAGCCAAUCAACGCCUUCAUCUAUGCAUAGUAACAAUAAUAGCAGAAGACCGUCCACUGACAGCACACCGUUGCAACAAAGACAUGGUAGUAGUAGCAGUAAUAGUUCUUCCAGUUUACAACAAUCACACCUAGAUAGCGGACAUCCCUAUACGCAUUCGCUGAGCAAACGACGGAAAACGAUUCUAAACAGUGACAAUAGUAUGACUGUUAUUGCGAGUGCGGGGAUCUCUGCGGUGUCGUCGAACGAGCAUCAUCAUUCUUCGCGAGGUCGCGGCCAUCAGCUGCACUCGAUACACUCGCAUGAAGCGAGCGGUGGUGAGAGCGCCGACGGUUCACGGCCCGGAACACCCCUCUGUGAUGAACGACCGGAGAAUCUACCGCCCAGCGAACCACGACGAAUUCCGACGAGUCGCUCGUAUAAUCAGGAACCGAUGAGUCUACCAUUGCCACGAUUUGCGAUACAGUUCUUGCAGCAAUAUCGGUUGCAGAAUCAACAACAGCAGCCACAAUCAUCAUCCGUUGUUCCUGUUUCGUCACAUUCGUCGGCUGGCGCUUUGUCCAGUGCAUCGCUUCAACAAACUUCGUCAUCAUCUACACUGUUUUUUACCGUGUCCGGUUCAUCGACACAAAGUGCUCUAAGUUCUUUGCAUACCGCAUCGUCCAGUGCUGCUAUGAGUGGUCUAUCUUCGCUUUCGUCUAAUUCUAGUCUACUAAACAACACGCUAUCAAGUCCACCGCCCGUGCAUCCAACCAAACUAUCACUGGUGAUACCACCGAAUUCGGGUUCAGGAAGCAACACGACUCCCGGAACUGCUUCUAACUGUUCCAACACCACGAACAGUCUAGAGCAUGGAAUCCAAGCACCCGCAAGCCCACUACGAGCCCCGUCGGUCAGUUCUAAUUCCAGCGACUCCGAAGAUGGUCCUUCUACUUCACCGUCCCUGGAAGAACGAAUAAACAGGCUGGAUGAAAUGUACGAAAAGUGGUCCGGAAACAGUCAAACUCGGCAGAAUAAUACCGCCGCUGACCACCACUUCAACGAUCGGCACCACAGCCAUCACCUGUAUCACCACAACCACAUAAGUUCCGCGGUGACGUCGGGUAGCCUGAACCAAUCACCCGUUUCGAAUGUGUCGUCAUCUUCUGCGUCAUCGUUCCGGCAUAAACUCCUCGAGCUUGACGUACACGAAGUCCCUCCAUCCGAUAUAGUGAAGUCUCUUCUCUUACGAAAAUCAAUCUUCGACGAAGAUCUCAAACGAUUGGAAAACAUCAGUGAUAAAUAUGAGCCCGGUGUGUUCACCAGUUAUGCUAAGAGUACUGUAAACUUCAACACCACCGGUAUAGCGAGCACGGCAACUGUGUCACCAGUUAACACGAUUCUAGCGUCGCAGUCUCCACUCCAUGCGCUCAAGGCUCAGACACCACCGGCAACCAGCUUGCAACGACUUGGCAGCAGUAGCACCUCUGGUUCGCCCAUGAAUAGUCCACAGCCAUACAACAGUCCAAACCCGUCGGUAAAAUCUGGUCUUCAGUAUCCGUUUCCAAGUCAUCCGCCAACAAUGCCAUCGGUAGCUGUCACAGCAUCUGUUCCUACUAGCACCACCUUCGCAGCAUCCGUAUCGUCUCCUGCGGCAACAAGCCUAGCCACAUCUAUCACAGGCAGUACCAACAGUGGAACAAUCACCACCUUCGCCACAUCUGCCGCUAGCAGCACGUUUUCCGUUUCCUCUUCCUCUGCCUCUUCACUCACAUUCACCAGUAGCAGUACGUCAGCGACCUCUGCACCAAGUAGUUGCGCGAUAAUCCCAAGCUAUUCUUCUGGUACCACCACAGCAACCGCAACCCCAGCAGUAACAACAACAUUGUGCAGGAGCACUUCGGCUACCCUAGCAAAUAAACCAAAGACCAAUGUUUUAAACAAAAGUAUUAGUUUAACGGAAAAAGCAAGUACAAAUAUUAGUAGUAACAACAAUAAUAAUUUAACGUCUAAUAGUAAUAAUCUAACGAGUACUAGCGGUAGUUGUAGCACUAGUUUAAAUGAAUCAUCUGCAAUGGUAACAACUACGACGACUAUUGCAACGACAACGAGCAUAGCAACACCGAAAGUAUCCUCAACGAUCUCUUCUUCUUCUUCUUCGUCGUCAUCAUCAUCAUCAUCGACAUCAGUAGAAGCGGCUGCGGCCUGUACUGUCCCAGCCGCCGUGCUUGAAACUGUUCCACCAGCAUCAACAAGUGCCAGUUCUUCUAGCAAUACCGCCACUAGCACGACGAGAACGCCAGCAUCCUCUAGCAAUCAUAGAAACACUACAGUUACGACAGCUCCACCUGGUAGUACAAAUUGCGGUACAAUUAGGCCCAGCUAUAUACCGCCACUAUCAACGAGUACUUCCGCCGAAGAGGUACACCAGCAUUCCAAUAGUUCUAACACUAACCAUGGCGUCGGUAACAGCAGUAGUAUCAAUGUUGAAAAAGAGGAUAAGCAAGGUAGCAACAGCUCUGGAAGCAAGCACCAUAAAGAUCGGCGGAAACUGUCGACGGCUUCUUCAUGUUCGACAAGUUCAACAGGCUCGACUACACCGUCGUUAACGCCAGCUACCUCCUCUAAACAUCCUCCUCCUUUGUCGACAUCGAAGUCAGACGAAACUUCGCCUCCCGAUGACGAUCAUCACCCUCAUCAGCAGCACCCGACUAGUGACAGUUCGAGUGUAAAACACAGUAACAAACAGAACAAAUCAAACCACCAUCAUGGCCACAACCAUAGUCACGGUCACAGUCACAGACAUUCCAGCGACAGUACGAGCAGUACGGGCAGCUUGACAACGGUCGCUGCUUCCCGGGGUGGCCCAAACAAAGACGUGUCUGAUGAAGCAAAUGAGUUUGACCGUUUGAAGCUGGAUGUAACACAUAACAACGUAAAUCCUAGAAGUGGAUCAACCAGUAGAAAAGAAAAGGAUGUGCAAGAGCGUGAUGAAAGGGAAAAGGAGAAAGAGCGUAAGCUUGUGGAAGAGCGGCAACAGCGAGAUAAAGAGGAACACAGACGAAUACAGGAACAGAAGGCAAAAGAACAGGAAGAGCAAAGGCGGAAGGAAAAAGAGGAAGCUGAUCGAAGGGAUCAAGAGGAACGCAAUAAGCAAUUGGAACGUGAGAAAGAACUAGAACGGAAAUCGCAAAAAGAGCGAGAAGAGAGUGAAAAGGCGGAUCGGGGUAAACGAGAAAAGGAAGAGGAGAAUUUGAUACAUGAACCCAAGAAACAAUCACCCGACGUUGAAGAAUGCGUUCCUGCGAAGAGUGUAUGCGAUGAGUUAUCGAAACAUCAUAAAGGCCGUCGUGACACUGUCAGCUCGGGUGGAAGUAAUUCACCUGUAAGAAAUUCGUCAAAACGACGGCUUAGCUCACCGGAUAGCAAUGACUCUCCAAUGGAAGAUGCUAAUGUUAUGAAAAAACAUAAGCAGGAGGCUCAGGACAACAAUCGGAUUUCUGAACGACGGGACUCUGGCAGAGAUGGCAGAAAGGAGAAGCACCACAAAAGCCACAACCGUACGGAGAAGUCGUCCAAGUCUUCCUCGGUGUCAUCUAGUUCUUCAGAAAAAUCCAUUUCUCAACCGAACGUGCUUAGCAUUGGUGGCAGACAUGACAAUCAAGAUGAUAAACAACAGUUCAUGUUAGAGGAACGACGAAAAGAGAUCACUUUCUCGGGCGAGGAACAAGUGCAGCACAGUCAUCAUCACAAGAAGAAGGACCGUUAUCACGAAAAGCAUAAAUCCAAAAAGGAUCGAGAGUCGUUUGGAGAUAAAGAGAAUACACAGAAUGCGAAUUUUUCGGUUGAACAGUUUGCUGACCAUCGAUCAACUAGUGACGAAGACGAACUCAGUCGAUUACACCGCAAAGAGCGCAAAAGUUCCAAGGACUACAGCAAACGAUACCACAGUGAGAGUGGGGUUGAUUAUAAAAAAUACGAUCGGAAAUUCAGUCUCGCCGAAUCAUCUGCGGAUGAAGACGGCAAGAAAAAGAAAAAUCGAACUAACAAUAGUCGUGUGAAAUCAAUUAAUAGUUCGGAAACGGAUGAUUCCGAUGAGCCUAAAAAGCAUUCGAUUUUCGACAUUCCUGACGAAGGACCGAACAUCUCGAUGUAUGACAAAGUGAAGGCACGAUCUUGUAAGAAUAUGCAGAAACAGGAAGAGGAGAAGAAAAUCAAAGCAAAGUUCUCCAAGCUUAAACAAAGCCGUGCAAAACGCGAAGGCAAAAACCGUUCCAAGAGCUGGGACGAGGAUUCUGAUACGGAUGGCAUGAACUCGGAUACCACAAUUAACAGCAAGUAUAACCACAAGGACCGACACAAUAAAAGUGGGACGAUCACGACUUCCGAUGACGACGAUCAUUUGCCGACAACGCCUCGGAUUAGACGACAUCCGAGAGAGCCUCUGGCGUCCGACUCGGAUGAGGAGGAACACAGUCGUCGUAUCCGAAGUAACCGUGACCGAUUGAACAAUUUGUGUGACGAUGAAAGCUCCGACGUAGAUCACCCUAGAAGACAUGCUCCCCAUACGCCACGUCGAAGAUCCAGUGAGAAGAUAUCUCGGAAAAACUCAACGCGAAUACAAUCGGAUUCAGAUACGGAUGAGCAUGGCUCGAUUAGCCGCCACAAACAUGCGGCAGGUAUCGAUCACGGUAGUGAAUUUGAAAGCAUUAAUACUACGGCUGAUAGCAACCAAUCACAUUCGUUCACUAGCAAGAUGAACGUUGUGGUAAUAAAACAAGAAAUCAAGAGUGAAGAAGACAACACCCAGGAGACAAUUGGAGGUAAGGUGGACAUCAAGGUGGAACGAAAAGUCCAACCACCGUCGGCUCUUAUUACUAGUGACGUAUCGGAUGAUGAUGUGGUGAAAAGUAUCGUGAAAUCCGAACUCAUUCCGAGUACCAUGAUCAAGAAGGAAUUGGUGGUUGAACGACUAACUUUUUCGAAGGAACGUCUAGGCCAACUGUGUGAUCCAGUUUCUUCGGAAGGAGAACCAAACAUAACUACGGCUGUGAAUGCGGAAAUCGAGAACACAGUUAAUUCAGCAGUUGAUCAGAUGAUCUACGGUCAUUCGGAAUCGAAGAAAAAGCAUAAAAAGAAGCAAAAGCGUCACAAGACAAUGGAAGGUUCGGAAACAGAUGUGAAGAGCGAAAAGGAACAUUCCCCUCGUGAUGACACUGGUUCAAUGUUUGACGAAUUGAAGAAAAAUACGGAUGAACAAAUGUAUGCAAGUUCGAAGAAGAAACAUAGCGGCAAGAAGGAAAAACGGCGCGAUCGCUCGAAGGAGGAAUACGAACGAUCGGGCAAGUCGAAAAAAUCGAAGAACAAGCAUAAGGAUGGCAUAAAACUCCCAGAUAUUGUCACUUCUAACACGAAACGCGAGGAAAAGAUGGAAGACAUCUUCGGACCCAUUUCAGAUGAGGAAUCGCAGCACUCGUCUGUAGAAACAGAAGUGUCUGUGAAACAGGAACAGCUAAUGGAAGCGAAGACUGAAGAAGAUGCUAAACAUUUGGAAAAUCAAUCGAACGAAGGUGAAAUGACCGAGAAGGAAAAAAUCAAAGAAGAAUCCAGACGAAGGAAAGAGCGAAAGCGAAGAGAGCGUGAAAAAAUACGAGCUGCAAUGACUAUGAGGGACGAAGAGAAUAGUGUGGAUCUGGAUGAGGCAGGACGUGCAUUAGAGGCCCAAUUGAUGAGUGAUUCUGAUCAAAAGGCUGACGAUGCAUCACCGACUUCUACGGCUGCUACCAGUGGCAAACAGUCGUCUACAGAUGUGAUGGAUGUGUUUCGAUUUACCGAUGGCGACGAUAGUAUGGAAACCUCUUUCAGCGAGAAAAAGGAAUCCGAUCAUAGUCGCAAAGAAAAGAAGAAGAAAAAGAAACGUGGUAAAGAUGAAAAGCAUAAACAUCACCAUAGCAGCAGUAGUAGCAGUACACACCACACAAAUCCACCGAUAACAACCCCUUUUACGCCAACGACCAACAAACUUUCUUUGGACAUAAUCUCCGCUCAACAGGAAGAUUCGAAACAUAAUAUGAGUAAACAAUCGCCAAGUUUGCCCUGUUUGAUGGGAGAUAGUCCGCCAUCAUCAAAUCGCCAGUCGACUCUCCCGACGCCUGUGUCGACUUCUUCUGGACAAAUGUCGCCACCAACUCCAACAGGUCGCGAAUUAGCAUGCUCAACUCCAACUAAAGAAGUAGAGGAAGAAAAACAUGCAAUCACCAAAGAAGACAGUGAGCUACUCAAAGCUACAGAAUCGACAUCGGCACAAUCGAAACGAAAGUCGGAGAAGAUGAUUCCGGCUUUUGGGGAGAUCGAUCAACAACUUCAUGAGAAAGCUGUGCAAUCUAUUUCGGGAGAAUUCAUCACUGAGAAGACUACUAAAGAUGACCUCAACGUUCCAGAUGUUGACAGCGAAGUGAAAGAUAAAGCGGAUGAAUCAAAGAUCGAGGAGAAAUCCAGGGCAGUAAUCUCCCAGGAAGAAACGGAGGAUGCUGUAGCAGCUUUGCUCGGAGAGAGCUUUGGAACGUCCAAUACUCCGGAUUUCUCUAUGGAUUAUUCGCUGGAUCCAGUUGAAGAGUCAUCAUCACAACUGAAUAAUGAACCUCCACAAAUACCCGAAGAAGAUGACGAAGAGAUGAAGAAGGCCAUUCUCAGUUUGAACACGGAAGAGCACAUAAAACUCGAUAUGAAGCCUGAUACACCACAGUCAGAGCAUGAUUUGCAAAUUGAUACUGAUACCGAAGAUGCAGCAGAUGAUGAGCAUCCGGCUAGUUUACUAAGAUUUGAUAAUCCACCAAAGACGCCCGAUGUGGAUCUUAGUCAGAUAGGCAAACCUUUAUCCGAGACUAAUGCGGUUUCUGCUCCUGAUUCUGCGAAGAAGUACGAUAAACUGGAGAUGCCAGACACACCAGGCAAGAAUGUUCAGAUUACUAGCAAUAUACCUGCAAAAGUAACACCAGAAACUCCUCCAGUGUCCACUGUGUUUGCUAAGACUACGCACACUGUUGUAGAAACGUCUCACGCAAGUACAUCGAUUGUGAGUAAACCAUUUACACUAGCUACAAAGCCUAUGGUGCCAAUUCAAGCACCAAUCAUUGUGCAAUGUCCGAAAGCAGCUUCAACUACAACAGCUGUCACUGUCAAAGAUACUUCGAACAAAACAGUUUCUACUAUAGCGUCCGCGCCUGCACCGAUCACUGUUUUUACUUCAUCUUCUCUGAUGACGCAGGGUAAACCCGUGCUAUCAGUUACGCAAAAGGCUACAAUGGUUGGCGUUCAAUCACCACACAUGCAAUCACAACCACAAAUUCGUCAACAGUACAUAAUGCAGGCACCUCCCACAAUCAGUAUACCUGAGCAACACAUUGCGUAUCAACCGAUGGACGCUGCAGUAAUGUCACCACGAGGACUAAUCGGAAAUGAUCCGAGGUUGCAAUCGCCAAAGCUUCAACUUCAACCUCAUUCACCGUUCAUGAGAACUUCUUCUCCGACCGCAACUAGCCCCAAUCUAUUGCGUCCACAAGUUAUUCCGAACCGCCAAUCUCCACAGCACAGUCCAGUUAUGGGUCAGCACCCAAUGAUUAUCCAUCAACCAAGCGGUCACAUCCUAGUCUCAUCACCGACCUCCAACAACCAAUUUGCUUCAAAACCGGGUCAAAUGAAUCAGGCAAUGCAUACUGCAGUCCGGUUUCCUAUCGGUGCGCAAUCAAAAACUACUCCUUCGCCGCAGAAAGUUAACGAACAAACUCCAACUAAGCAGACUGUCAAUGCGUACGGUAAUCUUGGAAUGGCCCCUAGUACACGUAUCGUGACUACAAUGUCGAGUACAACAUCAAUGCCCGUUCUAGGGAAUGAGCUUUCAUCUAGCACCGUCCCAGGUACCAAAAUGAUUGUAACCUCAACUGCAAUCCCAGUAACCACCUAUGUAAUCCACAACACAAAACCGAUAGAGUCAGGACAGAAAGCUCCAACACCUGGUAUUCCAACGAAAACAAUCAUCCACCAACAGCCAGUUUAUAUUCAGCAUCCGGUCAAACAGUUUGUGUCACAGCAACAACCCGUUAUGCAGACACAUCUUACUUCGGUUCCUCAACCGGUUCGCUUACCACUACCACCACCAAUUGUAUCAACGUCAUCGAGCAACGUUAUCGUCUCAAAGACAAAAGAAGAUAGUAAACCGCAAAACACCAUAUCUACCAUCACAUCAAAUCCGAAUCUGCUGAAUCAACCGACGGUUACACCUUCGGUAGACGCCAGUGUUUCCGAAAAGGCAACGGAGCCCAACAAAGAAAGUAAAUCCUGCAUUGAGCAGCAAAAUGUGUCAAACGUUGCAGAUAAAGCACAAGCUCAGGGUGAUGAGAAAGCAGUGCAGAUGCAGACUAAUUCGAAAGCUGAGACUACCAAUACAAUGGUUGAUGCAAAUAAGUCUUCUUCGGAAUCUAUGCUGACAGAAGAAAACGUAGCCAAGAUCCCUGACAACUCUGUCGUUGGGAAUGUUCUUGGCAUCGACCAGGAAGAUCAGGAAGGAGAUUCUAAGGAAGAUAGCGAUUAUUGGUCUUCGAAGGAUACCAUUAUAGAUUCGGUGAUCAAAAAGGUCGAUGCGCUGUGUUCAGAAGACGACGCUUCAGAGGGCGGCUCCGAGUUGAACAAGGAAGACUGGAACAACCGAGAGGAUAGAUCGAAGGUCGUAGAUGCAAGUGUGACCAGAAAUCCAAUUGGAGACAUACCCAAAUUAGACGAAAAGAAUCUUGAAGUAGGAAGUAAAGCCCCGGUUCCAACUCCACCAUCGGUUGAUUUCUCACCGGCAUCAUCUGUCGUACCGAGACCAGAAUUAAAUGCUACUACUAUAAAAGAGGAAAAUGAUGCUGUCGAACCAUCUAGUGAGAGUAUCAUUCAUGAAGCGUCCACCCGUGGAGGGAAACGUGGUGGUCGUCGUGGUGGAAGGAAAACUUCAGAAACUGUGACAACGCCCGUUAAACAAGCAGUACCAGAAAAAGCUCCAGAGCCAGAAGUCACUGUUGUAUCCAGAAGGGGUGGAAAGGCAGGCAUCAAAAGAGGAAGAGGUGGUGGAAGAGGUGGCAGUUCGAGAGGUGCUGCUACAAACGUUCAAUCAGCCACUGCUACUGAUGCUAAAGGCAAGUCUCUGAGUUCUGGUUCCGAUGUGUAUGAAUUCCAUGAUGAUUCAGGUGAGGAAGUUACAACCAGCGACAAACAGCAAACGGAUGGCACGCGUCCAAGACUAAUUCUGACAAUCAAGAAUCAAACUCCCACUACAGCAGCCACCCCCAUAAUAAGCACUACUUCAGUGCCAACUACAUCUUCAACCAUGAUUCCUUCCACUGUGACCAAUGUCACUACAAUCAACACCACCACCGUCCAACUACAGCCAACCAACUCCUGUCCGACGUCGCAAACUCCGGUGGAAGUCCAAAGUAUCCCGUCGCCGGCUUCUGAACUAUCUAAGGAAGAAUUUGUGCAUCCGUCGGCAAACACUCGCAAAUCGCGUCGUCUGCUAGAAAAAGAUGGCCGCACUACCGUCGACGACAUCAUUGAAGACGUCAUUCGCAAUGGACCGUCGCCAAGAGUUACACCUCCACCGACAGUAUCACAGCAGCAACAGCCACAGCCCCCAGUGAUGCUUACUCAGUCAAACUUCCUACCACAACAAACUGUGCAUAUCCCACAAGUAGGUUCACUUGGAGCGAUGGCACAACCGCAGCAACCACCUGUAACGGCUACAAGUGAACCACCCGCGCAAACGGGCAGAAGGAACACUCGUCACAAUGCAACAGCUGCUAACGCAGCAGCUGAUGCUCGUAAAUCUCCCCGCGCCGGUCGGAAAGGCAAGGAUAGGAAAAUAUCGGAAACCUCGAUGGAUAGUAACGAUGAGAAACCGCUAGGUCCAGUGAGACUCGCUCAAGCCGAUACCAAGGUUGAUGAUAAAUCGGUAACGGGAACACUUACUGCGACUACACCAGUGACACCGAGUGUUUCGGGCAACCGACCAAACGAAACUGCAUCGGUGGCAGAUAAGACAAAGGAUAAACCAAAAUCAGCAGAUGAAGUCAAAACAGAGCUUGGAACUCCUCAGGCGAAUUCACUUACGUUGAUAGAUCCAGUUACCGGUGAGCUAACAGUGAUGCGAACGGGUAAGGAAGGUCAGUAUGUUGCCAUGCCAAAUGCUCCGCAGCCUUUGAAGAAAGUCAUUGCAGCAGCGGCUAACGCACAAAAUGCAGCAGAUCAGCUAAAAACGACUUCUUCACCAACUCCACCACUGUCAGCGUCGGCAUCUCCGGUUCCAAAUCGAACACCAACACCGGGGCUGGCACCUUCUCCGGGAUUGACACGUGUACCAACUCCAAACACUACAGUGACUCCCCACCCGGCUCAGCAGCUAGAAGCACAGAAGAUGUCUUCUUCUAUGAUGGUCAAACAGAGCAGUCCAUUGCCACUGACGUCGCAAAGUCCAACGAUUCCUGCUACCACUGUUGUUAUACCAUCACCUCACAGUACUGCAGGAACAGUGGUGAUUCAACAUCCUCAGGGUGGACAGCAGCAUGGUGCUCAGAAACCACACACUUUGAAGGCACAUGUCCUUAACUCGCAGCAGAUAAUGCAGCAACAACAACAAUUACAGCAACCACAUCCUGGAAAGUCUUUCCAACAGACACCCCCGCAGCAGACACAAAUUGUAUACAAAUCAAUCAUCCCGCAGCAGCAAUCGGGAGCCAUACACACCACCACCGGCAAACAAAUUCAUCCAGGCACGAGCUUAAAAAUGUCACCUCAGACGAUUCCGCAAGGAAUACACACUCAACCGGCACCUCAACAACAAAUCAUCAUCCAAAACCCCAUAUCGCAACAACAGAUGACGAUCAACAAACACACAACCAUCAACAAACAACCGCAGCAACAAUCUCAUCAGUCUGCAAUCCAUCAUCCGCCUGGCAGUGGAAAUCUUCUGAUCAAUAUACCGCAGAACAUGCAUCAGCUAGGAAAUGUACCAAUGUCUCCGAGAAUGCCACAACAUCAUCAAGUGGUGAUUUCAAGUACUAAAGGACAUCCCGGGCAACCGAUUCAAAACCAAGCACCGCAUUCGCCGCAGGUUAUGCACAAGCAGGCUCCCGGUCAGCAACAGCAGUCGCAACAUCAGAACCAACCUGGUCCGCAGCAGAUUAUCAUCCAUAGCGGCAAAAUUCCACCAGGUCAUCAACAGAUUCCUUCAGGAUACACCACUGUAUUACAAAGUGGUGGUAAAAUCAUCCAUCAAGGUCCUAUUCAAAUGGCGACUCAGCAGCAACAACUUGGCCAAGGACAAAUGCAGCAGCAGCAGCAGCAGACUAUUGGCGUACCCGGAAAGCAUACUACGCAGACGAUACAAAUCUCUGGUCCUGGUGGUCCUGGAGGUGGUAUUCCUAUCCAUUAUCAGUCCCAACCAGGCCAGUCCCAGCAAACGGUCGUGCACAAGACAAUCACUACGGUACACGGAGGACAGCAGAUCAAGAUCCAGCAGCAUCACAAAAUUGUACCGGAUGGUCUUGCUCACAUGCAACCAGGUGCAAAAAUUGGUGGAAAGCAAGUUGUCCAACAUGCUGUAGGUCCUGCUGUGGGUGCUAAACUGCCGCCACAACAGCAGGUGCAUCAACAGCCACUUGGUCAGAAUCAACCAGUUGGAUUAGGCAAAGUCAAUCACGUCGUUUCGACGCCACCGACAUCCAGCAGUAGUCAACAACCACCGCAGCCCUCACAGUUGCUAACGAUUCAGCAGGGUAAGGGCGUGGGAUCUUCCCAUCUGCACCAGGCACCGCAAAUUCUGACCGGUGCCGUUGCUAGUCCACCAUUGAAACAACCACACAUGCAGAGCCAGCAGCCGAUUGUGACGGGAGCGAGCAGCACCCGCGUAGCAAUGCCGCCGAUCAGUCCGCAGGGCCAACAACCAUCGGCUACAUCGCAUCUGCGACACGUCCAACAGCCGGGAAUGAAUGUGCCCUCGCAAGUGGCAUACGAAGCGAAUCCGCACGGAGAUUUGGCUGGAUUCAUCGCUCGCGGACAAAGUCCUCCGCCGGCACACCAGCAACAAUCGUCACCCAUUACACCGGUACAUACCGAUGCCGCUUUCCGUGGAGGAAUGCCCCGUGACUAUGUUAAGUACAUGUACGGCAGAAGUAAUAUCCAUAUACCAAGCAGUAGGUCUCCAAUGCUUCCAGGCUCAGUUGAACAACGUGAGCUGUCCGAGAUAGAGGAAUCAGUUGCGGCCAGCCCACCAUUGGAACUGCGACGUCCAUCCAGUGGUCCGCGGCCGAUAACAACAGCAGUGCCGCAUAGUUUGCAGAGUCCGGGAGAUCGAUCUACAGAUUCACCACAAGUAGCUCAGGUAUACAUCGGCAGUGCGAGAAUUCCGCACACCUACUCGGACUCGCUUAAUACUCGAUUCUACGAUCCGGCAGCAGUAGGUCCGAAUGCUCCGCCACGGGCGUUGAGCGCGGAACCACCUCCUGCACACCGACCACACAAUCUAUCGACGCCUGGUGGAGGUUUUCCACCAGGAUCCUACCCCGGAACUCCUAGCCAAACACCACCUCCACCAUCACCAGCAAACCUGUCGCAGAUCCAGCAACAGUCUCAGCAACAACAGCUGCAGCAACGUGAUUUGCAGCAACAGCGAGAUCGUGUUACAGUGCAAGGACUUGCACCGACCACGCCCAUUUCUGCCGGUCCGCUGGCUACACACACCGGUGGCAUGCCGGCGGUGUUAUCUCAACAGCCGUCCGGCACCAGUAGAAACACCCAGAUCGCAACACCGCCCAUUGCAGCUCCUGGGACAGCACCGACGCAGAGCGACUCUCUGGAGGCACUCCUUCAACGUUAUCCAGUCAUGUGGCAAGGUCUGUUGGCACUCAAGAACGACCAAGCUGCGGUUCAGAUGCACUUCGUGCAUGGAAAUCCUGGAGUUGCCGGCAGUUCGCUGCCCAGUAACAGUGACGGGACGACGCCGCCGUUACGAAUUGCCCAGCGGAUGCGACUGGAACCGGCACAGAUUGACGGUGUCGCUCGGAAGAUGCAGCCCAACCCUGCAGAUUUGGUAUCUCUUGUGGUGUUCCCAGCUGAUCUGAUGCACUGUGAAGGAUGGUGGUCCGGUCCAAGUGCUCUCUCGAUUGUUGUAGAAAAUGAAGAAGUAAUCGAUUUGUUGGAGUCUGAAGAGAUUGAACAACCAUCUCUUCAGCAAACCAUCGGUUUGUUAGUACCGACGAUACAGCUUGAUCUGUUUGAUUUGAUUUUGAAGCACACAAGUUACAAG